AUGGAUGAUGUCAAUCUGGAACACUCAACAAGUCUCACAAGAGCUUUUGGACCUACAAAGAACUUUGUUCGUGGCUCUGCUUCCCAAAUACCUUUUGCACCAGGAGGAUUGGAGACUGAAGUGGUGAUAGACGAAGAACAAGUGCAUUUGGACACAGAUAUUGACUUAUUUGAAGAUACUUCUGUAAUCGCGCCUGGAUUGGAUCGAGGUUUAUCGUUUGACAGUGAUGAAAAAGAAGAAAAGGCAAUAGACAUACCUCUUAUGACAAAAGAUACUGUCUUUAAUAUUGAAGAUAUGAUGGCACCUAUGGAUAGCACAUUUGACUUUUUAAAUGUCAAAGUAGAGCCCAUUGAUCAAGCUGUAACAGAAUUAGCAGCUGAACAAGAGACAAAAGAAGCAGAAGAUUCACAAGAAGUGGAUGAAUUAUUGCCUGCUACACUUCCUCCUGCUCCAAAGGACCUUGCUCAUAAGAAACUUACUACAGAUGCUAAAGAGGCAUUAAAGCGUAGAGAAUGGGCACAUGAAAUCAACGUGAAUGAACCUUUUGAUAACUUUUAUGAUUUGGUACCUGAGAUGGCUAUGCAGUUUCCAUUUGAAUUGGAUAUCUUUCAAAAACAAGCUGUCUAUCACUUGGAAAUGGGAGAUUCAGUCUUUAUUGCAGCUCAUACCUCAGCUGGUAAGACUGUAGUUGCUGACUAUGCUAUUGCUUUAGCUACCAAGCAUAUGACAAAGGCGAUUUAUACAUCACCCAUCAAGGCCCUAAGUAACCAAAAAUUCCGUGAUUUCAAGCAUACAUUUGGCGAAGACGUGGGUAUUUUGACAGGUGAUGUACAAAUUCGCCCUGAAGCCAGUUGUCUGGUCAUGACAACAGAAAUUCUUCGUAGUAUGCUGUACCGUGGUGCUGAUUUGAUUCGAGAUGUCGAAUUUGUUAUUUUUGAUGAAGUCCAUUAUGUGAAUGAUUUAGAGAGAGGUGUUGUAUGGGAAGAAGUCAUUAUUAUGCUUCCUGCUCAUGUGAACAUUAUUCUGUUGUCUGCUACUGUCCCCAACACAAAGGAAUUUGCUGGUUGGGUUGGACGCACAAAGAAGAAGGACAUUUAUGUCAUCAGUACACUCAAGAGACCUGUUCCUCUUGAACAUUAUCUCUAUGCUAACAAGGAUAUUUACAAGAUUGUUGGAGCGAACGAAACAAAGCUGAAUAUGAUUGGUUACAACAAAGCAAAGGAUGCCAUGUUGAAACGCAAGGAACAAGUAGACAAAGCAAACGGUGUCUCUACAAAUACCCGUGGUGGUCGUGGUGGAAGAGGAGGUGGAUUUGUUGCUCGUGGUGGCAGUGCUCGUACUCCCACAAGAAGCUAUCAAGCCAGUUUCCAAACAGAUCGCAACUUAUUUGUUCACUUGAUUGGCAUGUUGAAGACAAAGACGUUGUUGCCUGUUGUCAUCUUUACUUUUUCCAAAAAGCGUUGUGAAGAAUACGCCUCUGGUCUUUCCAAAACUGAUCUCUGUACGAGUUUAGAAAAGAGUGAAAUCCAUGUGUUUAUUGAACGUAGUUUGGUUCGUCUUCGAGGCACAGAUAAGCAAUUACCUCAAAUUUUGCGUAUGCGCGAUCUCUUGAGCCGUGGUAUUGCUGUUCACCAUGGUGGUCUUUUGCCUAUCAUUAAAGAAAUCGUUGAAAUCUUGUUUGCUCGAGGUCUUGUCAAGGUCUUGUUUGCUACAGAAACGUUUGCUAUGGGUGUCAAUAUGCCAGCAAGAAGUGUCGUCUUUUCUGGUAUUCGUAAACAUGAUGGUCGCGAUUUCCGCGACUUAUUGCCUGGUGAAUACACUCAAAUGUCGGGUCGUGCUGGUCGUCGUGGUCUCGAUAGUACGGGUGUAGUGAUCAUUGCAGCCGGUGGCGAUGAACCUCCUGAAGUUCCCUGUCUUUCGACCAUGCUCCUGGGCAAACCCACUAAACUCGAGUCCCAAUUCAGAUUGACCUACAAUAUGAUCCUGAACUUAUUAAGAGUCGAAGCUCUCAAGGUAGAAGAAAUGAUCAAGCGUAGCUUCUCUGAAAACAGUGCCCAAAAACUUUUGCCGGAAACAAAGCGUUUGGUAGACGAGAAUGAGCAAAAGCGCAGUGCUCUCAGACAACUGGACUGUGCUAUCUGUGAGCCUGAUCUUGAGGCAUUCUAUGAUGUGUGUGGUGAAGUCGUCAAUCUGAGUCGAAACAUGAUGACUCAGUUUAUCAGUGCCACACCUGCGGGUAACCGAGCUCUUUCUGCAGGCCGUUUAGUGAUCAUCAACACCAGUGUGUAUCGUAAUGCGCCUGCUAUGAUUUUGAAGCCUUUGGCUGUCAAUUCGGCCAAUACGCAACAUCGCUCGUUCUACUGUCUGGUCUUGUUGCCUAAAGAUUUGGAUAUCAGUCAACCGACAAACCUAGACGAAACAACGCCUUUGCCUAUCACUACUAUCUGUGCUCCUAAAAAUGAUCAGAGUAAAACUGAAAUUGUCAUUGUCGGUGCUCCUGAUAUCUUGUUUGUCUCUAAAUCAGCCAUCAAGGCAGAUAUUGAAAUGAUGAUGACCGGUGAUGAUUCUGUAGAAACUGUGCGUGUUCAUCAAGAACUUGAAUCCUUUGGUGCUGAUACGAAAAAGUCAGGUACAGCUGAAUUUGACUGGAGCAAGAUCAGAGAUAUGGAGUUUCAAGAGAUGUUGAGAACAAAGACCAGGCUCAUGAAGCGUCUUCGUACUGAAUUCCAAUGUACAAAGUGUCCUGAAAUCGAUGAACAUUAUGGCCUUAUUCAUGCUCAUAAGCGUCUCUCAAGUCAGAUUGAUAUGCUCAAGAUGACCAUUUCUGAUCAGAACCUUGAAUUGCUUCCUGACUAUCACCAACGUAUUGAAGUCUUACGUCAAUUAAACUACAUUGAUGAUCAAGGCACCGUUCAACUCAAGGGCCGUGUUGCCUGCGAAAUUAAUUCUGCCGAUGAAUUACUACUGACUGAAUUGGUCUUGGAUAAUGUGUUUGCAGAAUAUGAACCUGCUGAAGUAGUAGCCAUCUUGUCUUGUUUUGUAUUCCAAGAGCGCAGUGAUAGUGAACCAAGAUUGACGCCCAAGUUGACAAAGGGCAAAGAAGUUGUGCUUGAAUAUGCUCGCAAAAUUGCUCAACUUCAAGUGGAUUGUGGUCUUGCUAUCUCUGUUGAAGAUUACGUCAAUGGACUCAAAUUUGGCCUUGUGGAAGUGGUUUAUGAAUGGGCUAAUGGAUUACCUUUCAAACAUAUUACUGAUUUGACAGACGUAUUAGAAGGCUCUAUUGUCAGAUGUAUCAGUCGGUUGGAUGAAACAUGCCGUGAAGUGAUGGGUGCAGCACGCAUGGUGGGUGAUACCACACUUUACAAAAAGAUGGAGCAAGCGGAACAAGAUAUUAAGCGAGAUAUUGUCUUUGCAGCUAGUUUGGUAAGUGUCUGCCUUCUGAUUUAA